UCUGCAUCACGGUCGCACCACAAAACAUGACGGGCGGAUCCCCAUCGAUUGAAAGCAUAUCAUUCGCACCGGGUUUUUUUAGCCCACCUAAAGAUCCGCACUACUGUUCGCUAUGAACAUCAUCUCUGAUCCUCUCCUCGUCCCACCGGACAGUCUCUGCACGCACCCGUAUAUGGAAUCAUCGAUGCACCAUGCUCAAGGGCUCUUGGCAUGUGCGCUAUGCCAAAGAAUCUGAUCCAAGCGCUAAAAAGAGCAUGGGCGACAUGACAGAGACACCCUUUUGUGUGUCACAAACAAUGCCUAGCGAUGCUGGCCAGAAUGUUUGGAAGACACUCGAGUGCAUUGAUACAGGAUUCAUCGUUCUUCACUUGAUCUACACUGACGGGGAUAUUCAAUACAGAAGGGAACCCUGCUUCUGUUUGACGCUGAGCUCAUCAUCAUCAUCAACAGGAACGGACGGACUCCUCCUUUCUCCUGCCUUUGGUGAGUGUUGUGUGUCAAGAAGUUUCUUCGCUGACGUUUACCCUUCAGCUCCGCCCACCCACAUACACACCCCUCUCCUGUGUAUACGCAGACAUAUCAUCAUUGCUCUGUCCCCCCUCACCCCACCUCACUGCGACCACUGCCUUAAUUAUAGAGAUCCCCCUGCACUGCAUUGGAAAGCCGAAGCACAGGUCCGACGACUAUAUACAUCAACUUGAAACUUUUUGUCCACCUCACAGAUCUUCCAGACACCAUCAUGUUGACCCUCUUCUACCUCCCAUUGUUGCUCCUCGCGCCAUUGUUCACUCUUGCAGACUCGCAGGAUCCAGGUGAG